AUGUUCUCCGGGUCCAACUCGUACCUAGGGGGCGGCAACAGUGCUCGAGGGCCACCGCAGCCUCCGUAUGGCCAGCACCCGCCCUUCGGCCAGCAGCCGGGCUUCCAGGGCGGCAUGCAGCCCCAACAGACGGGCUUUGGACAGCAGCCAGUGCAACCGCAACAGUCCCAGCAGACGGGCUUUGGAGGAGGCCCCAUGCAGCCCAUGCAGCCCAUGCAGCAGCAGUUCACCGGCUAUCCGGGCCAGCCGCAGGCCUUUGGACAACAGCCCCAGCAGCUGCAGUCGCAAUUCACCGGCUACCCGGGCCAGCAGCAGCAGCACCAGCAGCAGAACCAAGGCUUCCAGCAACAAACACCGCCACAGCAGCCCUUCCAGACCGGCGCACCGCCACAGCAGCAGCACCAGCAACAAGCACCCCCGCAGCCACAGCGACCCCAGCCCACGGGCAUGACCUCGUCCGCAAUGGUCGACUCCUUCAGAGCGCCCUCGUCCUCGGUGCCGCCGCCUGUUCCUGCAAAGACGGGCAGCAAGAUCCCCAGCAUACGCUUGUCCUUCAUCACGGUACAGGACCAGGCCAAGUUUGAGCAGCUGUUCAAGUCCGCCGUAGGAGACAGCCAGGCUCUGUCAGGAGACCAGGCCCGCGACCUGCUGCUGCGCUCGAAGCUGCCAGGAGACGCCUUGGGACACAUCUGGACGCUGUCCGACACCACCAAGUCGGGCCAGCUGCUGUUUCCCGAGUUCGCCCUCGCCAUGUACCUCUGCAACCUCAAGCUGACGGGUAAAGAUUUGCCAAACAGUCUGCCUGACCGCGUCAAGAAUGAAGUCUCGAGCAUGGUCGAUAUCAUCUCCUUCAACACCGCAGAUGACCAACCCAGCCGCCCUGCCCCGGCAAGUAAUGCUCCAUCCUUCAACGAGCCUCCUGCCAUCCAGCAGCCGCAACCCCAGCAAUCGAACAGCCAGCUGCUCUCCUCGUUGGCCCCUCAACCCACCGGCUACGGCCAACAGCCUAUGGGCAUGCAGCCCACAGGCGUGCAGCCUCAGCAGACUGCCUUGGGCCAAGGCAUCGGAGGCGGAUACAAUGGCCUGCGGCCUCCGAUGCCCCCAAUCCCCACUGGCUUUGGCAACAACCUCACCCCCCAACAGACCGGCAUGGUACCGCUCAAUGCUCAGCCAACAGGCAUGCCUGGUCAGUGGGGUCUGGUCAACACACCCUCCACUGGCCUCCCCAACAUCGAGGCACUAGCAGGCCGAAUGAUGCCCCAGACUGGGCGAGAGGGUGGCAACCAGACAACGGCUGGACUUACUGGAAACGCGACCAUCCCGUGGGCUAUCACAAAAGGAGAGAAGAAGCUGUACGACGAUACCUUCAGAGCUUGGGAUGGCAUGGGCAAAGGCUAUAUUGCAGGCGCGCAGGCCAUUGAGAUCUUGGGUCAAAGCGGUCUGCCAAAGGCCGACCUGGAAAAGAUCUGGACACUUGCCGACUCGGCGGAUCGUGGCCGACUUAAUCUAGACGAGUUCGCUGUCGCCAUGCAUCUGAUCUACCGCAAGCUCAAUGGAUACCCUGUUCCGAAUCGUCUGCCUCCCGAGCUGGUACCCCCGUCUACGCGCAACAUCAACGACUCGAUCGGCGCAGUGAAGAAUCUGCUUCGCGGAGAUGCUGAAGACAGGAAGAACUCUGGCGCCUUUCUACAGCCUCAACGCACUGGUGUCAGCUAUCUCAAGACGCACUCCUUCCGCUCUGGGAGUCCAGCGGCUGGGGGCCGAAAGGACGCCACCGUGUUCCGGAAUAACGACGACAACGCUGGCUACCGCUCAAGCGCAAGACAUCGUGUAGGCGCUGGUGGUCGCUCACCUUCGCCUGCUUCUGGCGCAUCUUCGCCUAUCCCUGGGCGUUCGGACGAAAUGUCUCUGGAUCAGCUCAAGAAGGCGGUCAGGGAGAAGCAGAUCUUGCUGGAUGCCAUGGACACUCAGGACGAGAACGCUGCUGAUGAGGAUGACGCGCUCGAUCGCCGGGACCGUAAAGAGGCGGAAGAACUGUACCGCCGCAUUCGCAGAGUCCAGGAAGACAUUGAUGCUCACCCUAAAGCAUCUCUACGAGGCAACGAUUCAGAUGCCGAACGCCGUGCACUCAAGCGGCAGCUCCAAACCCUGACGGACCGUCUGCCCGAAGUCGCUUCGAAUGUACGCCGGAUCGAACGUGAGAUCGCUGAAGCUCAACUCGAACUCUUCAGACUGAAGGAUGCCAAGGCGCACCCUGGCUCUGCCUCUACGAUUGUCGGCACCGGACCUGGCGGAGCGGUGACAGAGUCAGACCGAUUGAAGGCACGUGCCAAAGCCAUGAUGCAAGCACGUUCCGCCGCCUUGACUGGUAGGCCUGCCCCUGCCAGCGAUGACACAGGUGCCGCAGCCGAGCGUCUGGAGAAGGAACAGUCCCGGAUUCGAUCUGAGAAGGAAAACAACGAGCGCAUGAUCCGUGACGUGGAGGAUAGCGUUAAAGAAUACACAAAGGGACUGGAGUCCAGCCUCAAAGAGGGUGGGCACGACAACCGCAGCGAGCACGAGCGACGCAGGUGGGAAGAAGCUCUUGGUGUUGAGGAUGAGGUCAAGGACUUUAUCUUUGAUUUGCAGCGAAGCAGCCGUGCUGCUCGCGUCCGCAAGGAAGACAAGUCUCGUGAUACUGGUCGCGCUUCAUCGCGCUCCAACGAGACCCAGUCUACCUCUCGUUAUGAGAGCCCCGCUCGUGCUGCUGAACCUCAGCGCUCGACACCCACGCCUGGUGGCGCGUCUUCAUACAGGACGCCAGCGGAGCGAGCUGCUUUCAUCAAGCAACAAGCUGAGCAGCGCAUGGCUGAACGUUUGGCUGCCUUGGGCCUUCGAGCCCCCGUCAAGGCUGGAGAAACUGCCGAGCAACGUGCAGAACGUGAGAAGAAGGAACGUGAGGACAAGCUCAGGCAAGCUGAAGAAGAAGAUGCACGUCGCGAGCAAGAGAGACAGAAAAGACUGGAAGGCGAGUCGACUGCGCCUCCCGCUCCAUCUAAGACUGCUGGCAAGAAACCCGCGCCUCCUCCGCCAGCCUCGCGCAAGAACAAGGUCGAUGUUGCGCAGCACGACACACAGCAAGCCGACGCCGAGGCGAAGAGGGCAGACAACGAGAUCGCCGAGCAGGCCCUUCGAGAGCAGCAGCAAGCUCAGGAAGCGGAAACCAAGCGCAUGGAAGAGGAAGAACGCCGCCAGGAAGACGAGCUAGCCAAGGAGCGUGAGGCUGCUCAGGCUCGCCUGAGAGCUUUGGAGGAGCAAGUGCAACAGGGUAAGCUCAAGAAGGCUGAAGAGAAGAAGCGUAGAGCUGGCGCGCAGAAAGAAGAGAAGGAGAAGGAAAUCAGGUUGGCCGCUCAGCGUGCCGAGAUCGAAGCUGCUCGUGAACGCGAGCGCCAGCUGCAGCUCCAAUUGGAGGCUCUCGAUGACGAGGACUCCUCUGACGAUGAUGGUCCUCAAAACAUCACACCACAAGAGACCACACCCACCACAAGUCAAGAGCUGCCCCAAAGCACCGCACCGCCGCCAGCGCCACCCAUGCCACAGCUUCCCGGAUCGUUCCCUAGCCCGCCCGCAUCAGCUGUCACCAGUCCCCAUCCAGUCGCUGGGGGCGAGACCACCAACCCCUUCUACAAGAAGAUGGCGAUGUCUACCCAAGACAACAACAACAACAACAACAACAACAACAACAACAACACUCCGCCGCCUCCGCCUAGCAACACCAGCGAGGUAUCUACCAACCCCUUCCAUCGCCUGACGCAGGAGAAUGCCAACAAGGCUGCCGUACCAACCUUCAACGAACCUGCUGGCCCAUCCGCUCGCACCGCCCGAGGGCGCCAAGAUGAUGACGACUGGUCCGUCGUUGAUUCGGACGAUUCGUCGUCUGACGACGAUGAGGCUUCUACGCAGGGGGGUGCCAAACAUCUUGCCUCGAUCUUGUUUGGUACAAUGGCACCACCGCGUCCCUUGUCCUCGAUGGACAACAAGGAUUCUCAUGCUGAGAGUCCAGCUGUGACAUCCCCACCAGCGGGCAUUCCGCCGCCUCCACCGAUGCCUGCAGGCUCUGCUCCACCUCCACCCCCAGGCCCACCACCGCCCCCUAUGGGGGGUGCUCCUCCACCACCCCCAAUGCCUAACAUGAAGGCACCGGGUGGCUUGGACCGUGGCGCCCUUCUGGGUCAGAUCCAGGCUGGUAGAGGUCUGCGAAAGGUCGAGACCAAGGACAGGAGUACGUCAUCGACCGCCGGUCGGGUUUUGUAG